AAGGCUCUAUUUAUGCUAAGAUCGGCCCUGCUUAGUCCCAACACAAUAAAACCAUCAGUUGUGUGUCGAAGCAGAUAUUUGUAUUUCAAACGUCGACAUAAAUACGUAGCUCUCCGUCGACGAAAGUCACUUUCAACGAAUUCUUCAAACCGAAAAGGAUAUUAUCGCAACAGGUCUCAAUAUUCGUCUCAACCAAAUUUUUCUCGGACGAUUUUUCUUUGAUAAUACGAAUUUGUAAUUAAAUCAACGUUUUCUUCAACGUUUUAUUAAAGAUGACGCCUAUGUUCCGCUGGGUGUUCCUGUUGGCGUUGGUGGGCCGCGCCGCGAGCGUGCCAAGGCCUAUCGUGGUCGAAGCUUGCGCACUGCUCUGCAAUCCCGGGGCAGAGACUGAGAACGAGCAAGAACGGGAUCCGGUCCUAUUUCCUCGAUUUUCCAAAGUAAACUGCAGACUCCAGUCAUCGAGCGACGAGCACCAGGCGUGGGUUAUCAUCAGCCACUGCUUAAAAUUGUGCAAUUACGAGCUAUCAAUUCAGUCGGAAGUUAACUGUUUUGCUCUGAGAUCGUCCCUCCAAGCGAGUAAUGGAUGUUAUUGUGAAGCUUUAACACCCUUGAGUCCGAACACUAUGCGCCUUCACGAAAACUGGAGACUCGACUUUUAUGUAAAGGAGUUAGCGAAAGAUGUCAUGAGCACGAUCCUCAAAUCACCUCUCGAUACACUCAUCCUAUGCGAGAUCCAUCAGGAGUUGUUCAAGAAUGUAUCGUUGGAAGUAGGACAGCUAGUAAAAACGUGUCAAUCCUAUAAAAUCCCUACGGAACCACCACGCACAAGACGAGAAGAGACGGAAACUGAAACGGAACUUGAUAAUGAGAAAGAAUCAGAGAAUCCCGAAAUGAACCUUAAUGAACCUGAUAACCACACAGAAUCACCAGAAAAUCUCAAAAUAACCCUUUGUGAGUCUGAUAAUAGCGAAGAGUCAUCAGAGAAUCUCGAAAAGGAAAUUCAUGAGGAAGACAAUGAUAUAAUCAACAGAUUAGAAGAAGUAACGCUUGAUGUGAAUGAGUACAAGACAGAAUACGAGGCGAAUAUUGAAAUUGAAGAAGAAAAAGUGCCUGAGGUGAAUAAUAAUAGUUCGGUAGACGAAACGGAGAACGAAAACGACGUAAAUCCUGCAAACGAAGAAAACAUACCACCGUCGACCGAAGAAAAUAAACAUGAUGAUCCUUGGUGGUUAUCUUCUGCGACUGUGAUACCGGACAGUGACUUUGAAAAAUCUCAUGAGGUGUUAAGAUUUUGUAAAUUAUUGUGCGAGAAACAUCUUGAACAUGAAUUUUGUAAUUGUAAAAAUGUAAAUAAGGUGGGAAAUAACAACAAAAUGACAGUUGAAAUAAUUAAUUAAAAUAAACAGUUAAAAAAAUAUGUGGAUAAAAAAUGAGGCAGGAGUGAAUUGUCGUAGAAGGACAAACUAUAAAUUUGUAUAUUUUGCAUAGAUAAAUAGAUUGAUUCAUUAUGUUAAAAAUAUUUCUCGCCGUAAUCGAAGAGACAUAAAAGAUAAAUAAUUUAAAAUGCAUGAUCUUCUUUUCUACUUUUGUUAUUUUUAAAUUGAGUUUUGUUCUAAUAUUUUAUCAUAUAAUAAUAAUCUAAUAAAAAAAGGUAAAUUAACAAAUUAUUAACUGAUAGUAAAUUAUUAUCUGUUGUGAUAUUUUGUAGUAUGCGUAGUUUAAAAAAUUACACAAUAUUACUGUUAAAUCGAAAUAAUUCGAAUACUGUGUGUUUCAAUUUGUCAUUCCAUACAUUUAUUUAUAAACAAAUUUGUAUUUUCUAUUUUUUAAUAUACUGGCUUCUUUUAUAUGUGCGAUAUGUAUUCUUUUACACUGUUAAUUCCAUUGCUCCUAUUUAAUAUUUAAUUAAUUUGAGUAAAUUAAUGAGAAAAUAUAAUAAGAAAUACUAUAUUAAUAUUACUUACCUGCUCAAUAUAUCGUUGAUUUAUUAAAUUUAACAUUCAUGUCUUUUAUCAAAAUCCAUGACAUAUUAAUUAGGAGUAGUAGCGACCUACGAAAUAGUUCAAAAUGAUUUAAAUUGUGUGAUUAAUAAUUUGACACUGAGUUUAACAGUGUAAUUUUUAUACGUAUUUAUAUUAUCAAUUUUUAUUUUAUUUCCAUCAAUCGAAUGAAGUCAAAAUAAAAUGUUUCAUAAAAAAUUAAAAGUAAAAUAAAUUAUUAUAGAAAAAGUUUUAUAAAAAUUAUUAACAAUGUCUACUAUUAAAAUUGCAGUAAUACGAAACAUUAAGUUAACGAUUAUAAUAUAAACGGUAAGAUUUUUUACUGAGUGUUUAACAUUGUAAUCGCUUUAGACUUAAGAAUUCGACACAGGUCCAAUUCACACGGCUGCAUUAUUUGUUUUGUUUCAAUAAAUACACAACGAUGAAAUUUUCGUCAAUCUUGAUUUAGAUACACAGUUCUUAAUGAUUUCAGUAUUAUAUACUUUUCUAAAAAACUUUAGUUAUGUAACGAAACACAAUCAAAUUAAAUAUAUAUAAUUAAAUGACUUUUAUUCAAUUUAUUUAUAGUUACAACGUGUAGAAAAUAAUUAAAAAUAAAAAUAAUACGUUUUAAAAAAUGUAAAUAUAUUAUUAUAUAUUAACAUAUUAUUAAUACUUCUUUAUGAUAUUACAGAAUCUAUAAUAUCGAGAUGUUGCCUUUUCAUCGUAUUGUGUAUAUAUAAUACAUAAAUUAAAUAAUAAUAUUUCUGUAUUUGUUUUGCAUAUAUCUGCUUUUCAUGUAAAAAUAUUCUAAUAGAUAGUCCUUUUACAUAAUUGAUAAUCACAAAUAUAAAUAAAUAAUUGUUUCCUAAUAGGUAAUAAUUGAUAAAUAGAUUAAGAUAACUAAAUUUAAUAAAAAUUAAUUAUUUUAUAUGUAUUAAUUACUUAUAUAAAAUGCUAUUUUUCGUUUAUACAAAUUAAUUAAUAUCUAUGUAUGUGUCUACAUAGGCAUGUAUAUAGAUAUUUGGUCGAAAGGCUUGCGACGUGUGAACAGGACAUAGAUGUGUGUGAUAUGUGUAUUAUGCAAUAAAUUCUACUACAUGCGCGCACGAUAUGCACGUGCAUUCUCGCGCUAAUUAUAGUUUACUUAAAGCAACUAAUAAUUUUUAUAUCAUGAUAAAGUGUACAUUUAAUAAGUUAAUAAGCAAACAAAACAAAAUCCAUGUCUUCCACAUUGUAGUUCUAUUAUUCUCUUCAACAGCGCGACCGCUUUAUAUUACACAAGUGAUAAAUGUAUACUUAUAAAAUACAGAUAGAUUAUUCGUUGUUUAUACCAUAAGUCUUGGCCGAUAUUAAUACGUCAUCGAUUACUUCUGAUCGAAAACUUGUAAAAUAACGAUUAUAUCGAUCGUGCAGAGAGUAAUCAGCAGCGUGUUUGUUAAUAUCGUGCCAAAUUAAGAAGAAAAAGUUGUGACGCGACAAUAAGACGUAGAAUCUAGUAUGCCUAUACGAUGUAUUUUCAAUCGUAUCAUACUCUUGAUUAUCAAUCGAUAAACUCAUAUUUUGAUUCUUUGAACUUUUUAAUACAGUAGACUCGUGUCUGUAUUUGUAAAAGAGCAAUGAUUAAAGAGUUAUUUUAGAAUGCC